CUAAAGGGGGAGUCACAAUGUGCACUUUGUGAUGGGACCUGUGGUAUAAAUGGGUGGCAGAUGGACCCCACUGAGAGCCAAGCUUGCCUCCUGCAGAGAGGGUACAGGAUACACCAUAUGUUACCUUUCUGCUCUUGCACAUUAUAUCCCAGGCCCAGUUAGAGUCCUACCUGAGGUGAGCAAAUGGAUAAGGAGGCAGAAGAUGAGGGUUUGGGAGGAAGUAUGGUAUGGAGGACUGAGGAGCCAUAGAAGCCAAGGGGACGGAGGCCUGGAGGGGACAGAGGCCAUUUGUGAUCAUCCUUUGCCCCUGUCCCAGGUGGAGGAGCCAGCUUACUGCCUGCCCAUGGAAGCCAUCGCCUAAGCCAGACAUGAAGUGCAUGUGGCAGAUUUGUGUCCUAUGGGUCUUCUGGGUGCUCAUCUUGUGCCUGAUGGUUCCCUGCCUGGAUCAGAAACCUGACUCGGCACCCCGGGAAAAAGUGAUGCACUUGGCACCGCGACGUGGCAGCUGCCUUUGGUUUAGGUUCAGGAAGCACGGCUGCCCACCUGGGACCCUCAACGACUCCCUCUGCCAUCGCCCCGUCCGAGGACAGAGCUGGUUUGAUGCAUGCUAUGCGAGGACGAUGGGGUACCUGGUGGGGACAACAGCGUUCAUGGCCCCUGAUUCUGUGCUCUGGUGGUUGGGCAUGAACUCGACAAGCGAGCUGGGCAAAAUGUGGGAGAAGCUGUUCAAGGUGAUUCUCAGGCCCUCUGUGAGCCAUAGCCAUCUGUACUGCAGGACCUGCGUGCUGGUGGGGAACUCCAAGAUCCUGCCGGCCUCUGGCGUCAGCAACAACGCCACCCGGCACACCUCGGCCUUCGGGAUGAGCCAGGGACCCAUUCAGAGCUUCAAGACGGUAGGGAACCAAACCAGGGGACGCCCCAUCUGCCGAAGGAGUGUGGGGGAGCAGGGCUACUGGAGACAGCUGCUUCUGCUGGUCCUGAAGCUGUCUGGGCUGGCGUGGACCUCAGAUGCUCUGAGCCAGGAGGUGACGGUCUGGGCACUCAGACAAUCCUAGCACGGAGGCGCGGGGAGGUGCCGCAGGGUAACCUACGGAGGCAGCUGCAGGCCAUGCCCAGGCCUCAGGAGCUGCUGAGGCUCCCCACCUCCUACUUCUUUCUUAGAUUUUGGAAGAAGAUCUCAUUCCCUAGAGGAAUGGAACAUAGCACAGACCAGGAUGUCCACUUUGGAUUUUUAUCAGAGAAGCGAGGAAAACGGGAGAAAGUUAAUCAGAAUAUGCCUAGCACAGAAGCAGAAAUGGAAGUCACCA